UGCAUCAGGUGUAAACUGGGUUACUUCAACCUGGACCCCAACAACCCUCAGGGCUGCACCCCCUGCUUCUGCUUCCAGCACUCGUCUGUGUGCGACAGCGCCGAAGGCUUCAGCGUCCACGCCAUCAGCUCCUCCUUCAGCAGAGAUGAUGAGCAGUGGAGCGCUCAGCAGCGUGAUGGUUCCAGUGUCUCCGUGCAGUGGUCUCCCAGCGGACAGGAAAUCUCCCUCAUCUCAGACGACUACUUCCCCAUGUACUUCGUAGCCCCAGAGAAGUUUUUGGGAAACCACAUGUUGAGUUACGGGCAGAACCUGACUCUGAGGUUCCGGGUGGAGAGGCGGGACACCCGGCUGUCGGCCGAGGAUCUGGUCCUGGAGGGGGCCAACCUGAGGGUGGCCGUCCCCCUCAUCGCCCAGGGCAACGCCUACCCCAGCGAUGACAUGCAGACAUACGUAUUCAGGCUCCAUGACAGCACGGAUUAUCCCUGGAGGCCGACCAUCAGCCACGCCGACUUUCAGAAACUUCUCCACAAUCUGACCGCCAUCAAGAUCCGCGGCACCUACAGCGAGAAGAGUACGCAACCGCACACACAACACGCACACAACAC